GACCAGCUCAGUAAGCCUAGUAAGUAGUAACACACCAGACACACAACAAGAGAGAGUUCACUUGGACUGCCUCAAGAAGAUGGCGGGCGCCUCCCCUCUUCACCUCCUGCUCUCCUUCCUCCUCCUUGUUUUGAUGGCGGCGGCGGACCAGUGCCAUGACGACGACCACGCCGCCCUGGUCGCCAUCGACACCGCCUUGGGCAGCCCCUACCACUUUGCGUCCUGGACGCCCGACUCCGCCUGUUGCGACUGGUACGACGUCGACUGUGAUGCUGACACGGGCCGCGUCGUCGGUCUCCGUGUCUACCAGGACACCAACAUGUCCGGCAUCAUCCCGGACGCCAUCGCCAAUCUCACCUUCCUCGAGACCCUCACCCUCCAUCACCUCCCGGCCAUCUCCGGUGCCAUCCCGGACUCCCUCGUCGCGCUUUCCAACCUCUCGGAGCUCACAAUCUCCUACACGGGUGUGUCCGGCCCGGUCCCCUCCUUCCUCGGUGCUCUCACCGCACUCACGCUUCUCGACCUCUCCUACAACUCCCUCGCUGGCGUCAUCCCACCGUCCCUCGCCGACCUCAUCAACCUCUCCAGCAUCAACCUCCGUCGCAACCGCCUCUCCGGCGCCAUCCCAUCGCUCCUCCUAUCCAAGUCCCCCGAUGGUGCCUACCUCCAACUCUCCCACAACAACCUUUCCGGCAUCAUCCCGACCGAGUUCGCCACCGUCAACUUCUCCUACGUCGACCUCUCCCGCAACACCCUCUCCGGCGACGCCACCUGCCUCUUCGGCGCCCAGAAGGCCAUCCAACACCUCGACGUGUCCCGCAACGCUUUGAACUUCGACCUCUCUGAUGUGGAGUUCCCCGAGCAGCUCACCUACGCCGACCUCAGCCACAACGCCAUCCGCGGCGCCAUCCCGGCGCAGGUGGCGACCUUGGAUGGCCUCCAGCAGUUCAACGUGAGCUUCAACAGGCUGUGCGGCGCCGUGCCCACCGGUGGCAACAUGUCCAGGUUCGGCCGCUACAGCUACCUCCACAACAAGUGCCUCUGCGGCACGCCGCUCACCGCCUGCCGCCAGAGGCCCGUCGGCUACCUCCAUUAGUGCGUCUUCCAUCCAUCGGUUCAAUAAAAACCUCCAAAUUGAAGCCAUGAUGAUGAGAUGUGAUAUGAGCAAGUAUGUACCAAUGGAGUGAUUAGUACGGUGAUCGCAGCAAUGUAAUAAUAAGCACUAGUAUAUCAGUGGUGAUCAAACUGACCACUGAUUAAUUAAGCCAUGCGUGAUGAUGUAGAGCUUCACAGAGCUAAUGAAUGAAUGUACUCGAUAUUGCAAGGUUAUAUAUACAUAAUGAAGCUUGGUUGGUUUUC